CGCCGCUGCCGGUGGCCAGGCGCGCGGGGACGGUUCGGGGCUGCGCCGGGGGCCGGCCCGUGCUUCCGCCGCCGACAUCCUCCCAUCCGCGGGCCGCCCGGGUCCCGCUAUCAUGUCGCUGAGGCAGCGCCUGGCCCAGCUGGCUGGCCGUCUGCAGGAGCCGCAGAAAGUGGCCCGUUUCCAGCGGCUGUGCGGGGUGGAAGCGCUUCCGCGCCGCUCCGCCGCGCCCGCCACCGAUCCAAGGGGGGAUGAGAAGGCGGAGGCGCCCCUCGCGGGAGACGCCCGGCGCCGAGAGCAGCAGCCAGGGGCGUCCGCAGGCCCCCAGCCGCCCGGGAGCGACCGCAAUCAGUGUCCCGCCAAGCCCGGCGGCGGCGGCGGCGGCGGCGGCGGCGCCCCCAACGGCGUGCGGAAUGGGCUGGCGACCGAGCUGGGCCCGGCCUCGCCGCGGCGCGUGGGGGCCCUGCGCCGCAACUCGCUGACGGGCGAGGAGGGCGAGCUGGCCCACGUGAGCAACUGGCCGCUCUACUACCUGUUCUGCUUCGGCACGGAACUGGGCAACGAACUCUUUUACAUCCUGUUCUUCCCCUUCUGGAUCUGGAACCUGGACCCCCUGGUGGGCCGGAGGCUCGUGGUCAUCUGGGUGCUGGUCAUGUACCUGGGCCAGUGCACCAAGGACAUCAUCCGCUGGCCGCGGCCCGCCUCGCCGCCCGUGGUCAAGUUGGAGGUUUUCUACAACUCCGAGUACAGCAUGCCGUCCACCCAUGCCAUGUCCGGCACCGCCAUCCCCAUCUCCAUGGUCCUCCUCACCUAUGGCCGCUGGCAGUAUCCUCUUAUAUAUGGAUUGAUUCUUAUUCCCUGCUGGUGUUCUCUAGUUUGCCUAAGUAGAAUUUACAUGGGAAUGCACUCCAUUCUGGAUAUUAUUGCUGGAUUCCUAUAUACCAUUUUAAUCUUAGCUAUCUUCUAUCCGUUUGUGGACCUGAUUGACAACUUCAAUCAAACUCACAAAUAUGCUCCAUUAAUCAUCAUCGGGCUUCACUUAGCCUUGGGGAUCUUUUCUUUCACUCUUGAUACCUGGAGUACAUCCCGAGGAGACACAGCUGAGAUUCUAGGAAGUGGUGCUGGAAUUGCAUGUGGAUCUCAUGUUACCUAUAAUCUGGGUCUAAUAUUAGAUCCUUCUCUGGAUAUUCUACCAUUAGCUAGGCCCCCCAUUACUGUCACUCUGUGUGGAAAAGCCAUAUUGCGGAUCCUCAUCGGGAUGGUAUUUGUACUAAUAGUCAGAGAUAUAAUGAAAAAGAUCACCAUACCUUUAGCCUGUAAAAUCUUCAAUAUACCAUGUGAUGAUGUUCGAAAAGCAAGACAACACAUGGAAGUUGAACUUCCUUAUCGGUAUAUUACCUAUGGAAUGGUUGGUUUCUCUAUCACAUUUUUGAUUCCUUACAUAUUUUUUUUUAUUGGUAUCUCUUGAUGGAGAAAUACUGUUUGUAAGAAAGGAGGGUAUCAGUUACCAAUAUCUAAAAAUAUAUUCUAGUUAAAAGCCAAAUCAGAGUUAGGCUUUUGCAGAAAUUUAACUUAAAUAAUUAUUUAAGUAAAGUUGUAAGAGUCAGUGCAUUUUAUCAUUGCACAUCCAGAUAUUGUUUUAGGUGAGCUGAGCUGUUUUAACAGAGAGAAAAUGAUAAGUAUCCAUUUAGAAUGUUCAUGUAAUGUUUGGAGAGUUUUAUGCUGUUAUGAAUUGGAGUUAUAUAUAAUAUAUAUUAAGAUACAUAAUAUACAAUUAUGUAUCUAAUAUGUGUUAUAUGUGAAAUAAUAUACCUAAGUUAUUUUAAACUGUGGGGCUGUAUUAUAAAAUCAAUAAUAAUAUGCAAACAGUGUACUUGUAUAUCUGGACUUAAUACAGGCACAUUGUUAUUAACAGAUAUAUUUAACAUUUAUUUACUAUGGGAGCCAUUUCCUAAUUGAAUUGCAUAAUUACUAGGCCAGAAUUCAUAUGCCACCACAUAAUGAUUUACUGCCUCUUUUUACACUGCCAUCACCUUUCAUGUUACCCAUGAUGUUGAACAUGGGAGGCAUUUUUAAUGGACCAAAUUUUCAGAAAUUCAGAAAAAAAAAAGUUUUUUUAUUCCUUUUUUUUUUUUUUAGUUCUUUACACUGUGUUGAAUGUACUUUAUUUGCAGUUGUUCUGGACAUCAAUUUAAUAAUUCAGGUACUGAAUUUUAUUGCUUGCUAAUUGUGCCUUUCUGUUGCUGAAUUAAGAAAUGCCAUGUAUACUGUGAUAUAAAAAUAAGAUGCUAACUUUAUCUUAAGUUACAUAUAAUCAGGCAAAUAUUUUUAAAAUACAUGUCAAACUAACAGGGCUAGAAGUAAGCCACCCUCAAUUCUUUAGCCUUUGUUUGGAAAGAAAUGUGGAAUGGGCUAAACUUUCUCACUAAUUUAUUGGGAAGCUGAAUGGAUAAAUAUUUCCAUUUUUGUAGGUAUUUUUCUGUGCAUUGUAAGUUAUAGGAACAAGAUAUAUUUUUUGUACAUUGUCUUGAUUGUUUAUACUGCAGGUAGAUAUUUCCAAUGAAUGGAAAUGUAAUUGAAAUUUAUAGAUGGGACAAUGCACAUGCUUCAUUUGUAAACAAACCGUUUUUCUAAAUUAUUUGGAAAGGAUUGGAUUUAGCAGUGUUAACUUUUAAUACCCAUUUAUUAGCUACUUAAGGUAAAUUAUAAAAUCUAAAAGUAUCAGUAUUUCAGAUCCUAUUAUUUUUUCAAUUUUUAUUAUUUUCACAGUGGAAAAUUUGGGUAUUGUAUUAAACUAUUCUUUAUUCUUCAGUCUGUGCCUUUAUAUUUUGAAGUGUAAUUGUAGUUAGGUUAACAUUAAGUUCAUUUGUAGUAAGUUUUUCAUAAAGAAGAGAAUUAACUUUCCAUAUAAAUGAGCAUCAGGUAUGGAAUUACUGACUUUAGUGCAAUAUCUGUCUGAUUAUCCAGAAUUAUCACUUAAGAUGUUUCUAUUUUGGACAGCAUAACUAUUUAAGCUCAUAUUUUUAUAAUUCUGAUUGAGAAUUUAGGGACAUGGUAAUUUUUACCAACAUUGAAUCUGAUAAUUUUAAAUAAAGCAACUAAAUUUGGAAACUUUACCUAUUAGUAGGAAACAAAGGCACUUAGGAACAUAUCGGUACGUUGGAAAAUGUGCAAAGAACUUUUCUCUCAAAAUGUGUUUAAUGAAUUUUAGGGACUAUUUCCCAUAAUUUGGGUCUAUGCUAUCUUAUUAAUUUUUAUAUCUAGCUUAAAAGGUACUUGAAAAUAUUCCAUUUCUUUGUGGUUUAUUACUUUCUGUCCUAUAAUAGUUCCAUGCUAAGUGUAUUUUAAAAUAAAAGCCAAAUUCAGAAUUGAAGGGUGUUUUGUUUGCCUUCUAUGCAUUUGUCUCUAUAUUAUCCGAUAGAGAUUUAUAAAAUAUUCCUAGGAUUUUCAGGCUAGCAGGCUUUUCCUCUGAAGCAUUUUAUUCAAAAUCAGAGUACUGUUUUCAGAAAUAGAAGACACUGAAAAAAUUCUUUAGGGUUCCAGCUGACUUUGAGCUUCAGUUAUG